GUGGGCACAGGUGGGUGGCACUGGUGGGCACAGGUGGGUGGGCACAGGUGGGUGGCACUGCUGGGCACAUGUAGGUGGCACUUCUGGGCACAGGUAGGUGGCACUGCAGAGUGGCACAGGUGGGUGCACUGCUGGGCACAGGUGGGUGCACUGAUGGGCACGGGUGGGCGGAGCUAGUGGGUGGCACUGCGGGGCACCGAUCAUCAGGGCACUGAUCAUCAUGCCCUGAUGAUCGGUGCCGAUCCCCGCUCUGACAACUGCCGGUUCUCGGCAGUACUUUCCUCACGAUCUGACAGCGUGAGGAAAGUGCAGCCGAGAACCGGCACUUGCAU